AUGUCUGGGACUUUGACUGGUGUUGAUAUGCAGACCAUGAGACUGCCUUUUACAAGUGAGAGGAUCUUCAGGAUAUUCGUUGUGCUAUUCACACAGUUCCUCUUCAUUUAUGUUAACAUUCUGAUGCUGUUCACGCUGAGCACCAAAGCCAUCUUCCGUGAGACACCACGCUACAUACUCUUUGCCCACAUGCUCCUGAAUGACACCAUUCACCUGGUGUUUGCCAUGGUGCUCUACACAUUUAGUUACUUCUACUUUGUGAUGUUGCGUGCUGUCUGUGCCUUCCUCGUGUUGGUGUCUACAUCGACAUUUGUCAAUGCGCCACUAAACCUGGCAGUCAUGUCCUUGGAGAGGUACACAGCCAUCUGCUUCCCUUUGCGGCACAGUGAGUUGGCUACACCAGCACGCGCAAGUGUGGCCGUGGCUCUGGUAUGGGUUUUGGGCAUCAUUGAUGUGCUAGUUGAUGUGUGUGCUCUCUUUCUCCUCGCAGAGCCAUCCUUCUACUUGUCUCCUACAAUGUGUAACAUCACACAGCUCAUGGUGGCACCCUGGCAGCAGGGCAGAAGUGUGAUAUUCAAAAUCCUGCUCUUUGUCACAGUGGCCAUUGUGUUGCUCUACACGUAUGUGGCCAUCCUGCGGCAGGCCUGUGCUGCCUCCUCUGACACCACUUCUGCCCAUAAGGCCUUGCAUACUGUAGUACUGCAUGCGCUGCAGCUUGGCCUCUCACUCAUGUCCUUUCUCUAUGAGUAUAUAGAGUUCCUUCUGGGAAGCCUGCCACUUACUGUAUACACACAUCUGCAUUUCCUCAACUUCUUCAUAGUGCUGAUCCUGCCACGCUGCCUCAGCUCACUGAUUUAUGGCCUGAGGGAUGAGACCUUCAGGCCAUUGUUCAAACAGAAUUUCCUCUACUGUUGUAAAAACAAAAUUGCCCUUAUAGAUGCUUUUACAAAACACUAA